AUGUCGUCAUGUGUACAGGGAGCACGUGACGGAUCCCACAAGAAAACUGCACCACAGGUGGAGAGAUCUGUAAAAGUCUGGGUCUGGGGUGGAAGCCAGAGCCAAGGAAUCCUGCGCUGUGUCUUUAAGCACACUAACUCAGUGACCUAUGAGGAUGUUCACAUUGACUUCACUGAGGAGGAGUGGGUUUUGCUGAAUCCUUCCCAAAAGAGUCUCUACAAAGAUGUGAUGCUGGAGACAUACAGGAACCUCACCGCUACUGGCUACAGUUGGGAAGACCAUAAUUUUGAAGAGUAUUGUCAAUGUGCUAGAAAACAUGGAAGGAAUGAAAGAAACCAUAAUGUAGAGAAACCCUCUGAAUAUACCCAAGAUGAUAAAGCCUUUGCAUGUUAUAAUCAUCUUCAAAGCUAUGAAAAAAUUCAUUCUACAGAGAAGUCGUAUGAUGUUAUUCAAUAUGAUGAAGGCUUUGCAGCUACCACUUGUCUCCAAAUACUUAGAAGAACACAUGCUAGAGAGAAACCCCACACAUGUAAUCAAUGUGCUUUUUCAAAACAAUCUAACCUCCAAAUACAUGAAAGAACACAUACUAAAGAGAAACCCCAUGAAUGUAAUGAAUGCGGUAAAGUCUUUGCACGUCAAUAUAAUCUCCAACUUCACAAAAGAAGACAUACUGGAGAGAAACCCUAUACAUGUAAUCAAUGUGGUAAAGCCUUUUUACAGAACUGUCAUCUUCAAGUACAUCAAAGGACACAUACUGGAGAGAAACCCUAUACAUGUAAUCAAUGUGGUAAAGCCUUUUCACAGAACAGUAAUUUUCGAAUACAUCAAAGGACACAUACUGGAGAGAAACCUUAUAAAUGUAAUCAAUGUGAUAAAGCUUUUGUGAGUCAUGGUGAGCUUCACAGACACAAAAGAACACAUACUGGAGAGAAACCCUAUGAAUGUAAUCAAUGUGGUAAAGCCUUUUCAUAUAUCAAUAGUCUCCAAGUUCACAAAAGAACACAUACUGGAGAAAAGCCAUAUGAAUGUGAUCAAUGUGAUAAAGCCUUUUCACAAUUCAGUAGUCUACAAACACAUAAAAGAAUACAUACUGGAGAGAAGCCUCAUAAAUGUAAUCAAUGUGAUAAAGCCUUUUCACAUUGCAGUAGUCUAAAAUCACAUAAAAGAACACAUACUGGA